GCUGAAAGUACAGAAAUUUUUAAAAAUCCAACAAUAUCUUUACAAGCAGUCUGAGACCAUGAACCUUAACACUAACGUUUCGAGCCUACACGCCAAUCGCGAACGAAAAUGAACUUUUACUGACAGCAAAGCGAUUUAGAACGCUAAGUCAGUAAGUUAUAAUUUAUACAAUUGCGAAUUGCUCGAUUAAUAAUGAGUGACGUUUCGAUUAUGACUGAAAAACGGUCCAUUCCCGAUCAAUUGAUCGGAUCAUUCAAAGACGAUUGUGCGACAGAAAACCAAGAAAGUUUUCGAAAAAGCUCGGCAGUGUCUACGUCCGGUGUUAAUAGUGACUAUUCCAAGUUGAGUAACGAAAAUUUUUUGAACAGAUUCGUCAAACAGAGGUCCCUUCAAGACUUCUACAAUCGGAAAACAGACGACAAAAUUGAACCAACUUAUCAUAGAGCCAGAUCCAAUUCCGAUGGAGCUGCGGUGAGAGCGAACAGCAUAAGAAAUGCCGACGCAUUUCCUAGUCUUCCGAAUUCGGUCCUUGAACGGAUGGGCCUUCAUGGAGAUGCCCCAAAAGAACUUCUAAGUGAGGAGACGCUGGAACAAAAAUUCACCAGCUUGUCAUUAGCGUUCGCAAUAGAUGCCGCCACAAUCAAAGAUCGUCGUGAGCGUCAAAGACGAACUCGGGAUCAGACGGAAAACAAUUUGGCCCAGGAAAUUGAAAAACUAAGAGGAAAAUUGGCUUUGCUGGAACCUUUAUGCACCGAUUUUGAAAGUGCCGAACUGCUGUCUAUAUUGUUAGCCCAAAUAGAAAUUAUUACGAAGGCUUCGUCGUUAGCUUCAAUCGCGGCUGAGCGAUAUGGUGCCGUACAGCAUGAAGAUCGGUUGACUGAAUCUGUUCAGCUUAUGGUCAAUCACGUCCAAGCUUUGAAACAUCAAAGAGAUUCUGCAAGAAGGCAACUUCAGUAUACUAAGCGGGUAUUACAGGGAGUUCCUGAAAAUCCCUCUGCCAAUCCGGCUGCACCCCAAAAACUGCUUCUAAACGCCAAUAGAAAAUUUAUAACCAGAAGGCGGGCUAGCCUUGGGACGGUCAAUACGGCGCAUGAUCAGAACGCUAACAAACUCAGCAGGAGAACAUCUGAUUUGUCGAUUAGAGCUACCUCGCUGACAAAAGGCGGAAGACCUAAUCGAUUAGAGCUGGGCGGAGAACUGUUGAAAAUUAAGGAGGAUUUUGCCCACGAGGCCGUAGUUGAACAACUUCAUAAACAAGUGCGCGAAGAAGAAGAGGACGAAGAGGCGAAUUUGGACGCGAACAGCCUAAAAGAGGAAAUGAUUGUUAAGAAAAUCGAAUCUAGUCUUGGAAGUGCGGCUCCACUUUCAAAUAUAUCUUUUAGGAAUAAUAUACUAGCUCGAACAUUCUCGAAUAAGUUCAAACUGUCUCUAGAAGAUAUUCGACACGAGCUGUCGGAACGAUUGAAGAACUGGUCAGAAAACGACUAUUUUUAUGCAUUUUUUAACUUUUGCGCUGUAGUUUGUUUUUCGAUAAGCAUAUUAACGCUAGUGCGUAUGUAUUUGGAAUACGAAUAUACAAAAAGGGACUAUACGGAAUCCUAUUUUUCCUGGUUUUGGCCUACGAAUAAACCCGGGAGCGCAAAAUACAAGAAAAAGUAGAAUCUACUGCAAUUAACAUCAAAUAACGAAUAAACUAUACAACUGAG